AUGGACAGUUUGGAGAAACAACUUAUUUGUCCUAUUUGUCUGGAAAUGUUCACAAAACCAGUGGUAAUUUUACCAUGCCAGCAUAACUUGUGCAGAAAAUGUGCCAAUGAUGUUUUCCAGGCUUCCAAUCCAUUCUGGCAGUCAAGGGGUUCCACAACAGUGCCUUCAGGGGGCCGCUUUCGCUGCCCUUCCUGCCGACAUGAGGUAGUGCUGGAUCGCCAUGGGGUUUAUGGCCUGCAGAGAAAUCUACUGGUGGAAAAUAUCAUUGAUAUCUACAAGCAAGAAUCAUCCAGUUCCCAACCUUUGCACACCAAGCCUGACCAGCAGUUAAUGUGUGAAGAGCAUGAAGAUGAAAAGAUUAAUAUUUACUGUCUAACUUGUGAGGUUCCAACCUGCUCAAUGUGCAAAGUCUUUGGUGCUCAUAAGGAUUGUGAAGUGGCACCUCUGCAAAACGUCUACAAACGUCAAAAGACUGAGCUCAGUGAUGGAAUUGCAAUGCUGGUGGCAGGAAAUGACAGAAUCCAGGCAAUUAUUACUCAGCUGGAAGAAAUCUGUAAAACCAUUGAGGACAACAGCAGAAGACAAAAACAACUCCUUUGUGAAAAAUUUGAUGGUCUGUAUGCUAUUCUAGAAGAGAGGAAAAAAGAAAUGCUUCAAUCUAUUACUCGUGAACAGGAGGAGAAAGUACAAUAUGUCCGAUCAUUGAUGAGGCAGCAUGGAGACCAUCUGGAAGGAGCCAGCAAACUGGUAGAAACUGCUUUGCAAUCUAUGGAGGAACCCCAGAUGGCAGUGUUCCUGCAGAAUACAAAGCAACUGAUCAAAAAGAUUAUCGAUACAUCAAAAGCUGCCCAGAUGGAGAGAACAGAACCUGGAUAUGAAAACAUGGAUCAUUUUGUGGUCAACUUUGGAAGGGCUGAACAGAUAUUGCAAAGGAUUAAUUUCCAAACAGAGUACCAAGGAGAAGAAGAGGAAGAGAUAGAGGAAGAAGAAGUAGAAGAAGGUGGUGUGAUUGAAGAGGAAGGAGAAAUAAUAGAUGGUUCACAGCUUUGA